AUGGUCAUUUGGCAUCCUCCACAGACCACAAAGAUCCAUUGGACACAAAAACACCAAGAAUCUUUGGAGAAACUGAUCGGCUUUCUAACAAGCCCACCUAUCAUGGCUUAUCCUGAUUACUCAAAAUCUUAUGUUGUCCACACAGACGCAUUAAAGGAUGGUCUUGGGGCAAUCCUGUACCAAAAACAAGACGGAAAGAUGAGAGUCAUUUCUUAUGCAUCAACGACACUAACUCCACCAGAAAAGAAUUAUCAUGCACACUCUAGUAAACUCGAAUUUCUUGCUCUUAAAUGGGCAAUAACCGAACAGUUUAAGGACUAUCUCUAUUAUGCGCCACAAUUUACGGUUUACACAAACAAUAAUCCUUUGACGUACGUAUUGACAUCAGCCAAAUUAAAUGCGACAGGUCUUAGAAGGAUCGGUGAGCUAGCUGACUACAACUUCAAUAUCCGUUAUCGCCCAGAUAAAGCGAAUGUGGACGCAGAUACGCUCUCCCGAAUGUCGUUGGAUAUGGAUUUGUACAUGACGUCGUGCACUGAAGAAACCACACAACAAGUUCUCCAAGCAACGAUAUCAGGUGUCCAAAUACAAGAGAAAGCUCCUUGGAUCAGUACCAUAACUGAUGAACCUACAGUAUUUAUUAAAGAGACGCAGGGAAAGCCAUGCUUGAAGGUGGCUGAUGCCUCCACAGCUCAGCAGAACGAUCCCGUUAUUCAAAGAGUUUUGCAGUUAAAAAAAAACUGCGAUUGUCUUCCGCAAACAGUGAAACAAAGAGAACCGAUUGCUGUGCAACAACUUCUGCAUGAGUGGAGUAGACUUUUGGUGAAAAAUGGAUUGCUGUGCCGACGCGUUGGUGACAUUGAGCAAGUGGUAUGGCCACGAAAACUUCGUUAUCAUGUAUUUACGGAAUUUCAUGAUAACAUGGGACAUCUCGGUCACGAAAGAGUGUUUGAUCUUGUCCGAGCUACAGUCUUCUGGCCUAGAAUGCAUUCAGAUAUUAAACAUUAUGUCCAAAACGUUUGUUGCUGCCUCAAACAAAAUCGACCUGCAACCACACAGCGUGAACCUCUCCAUCCAAUUGAAACAACAUCCUCAUGUCAACUGGUGUCCAUUGAUUUCCUCCAUCUGGAAAAAAGUAAAGGAGGGUACGAAUACAUCCUAGUUAUAAUGGACCAUUUCACAAGGUUUGCUCAAGCGUACCCAACAAGAAACAAGUCGGCAAAAACAGGGGCACAAAAAGUAUACAAUGAUUUCAUCCUUCGAUUCGGCUAUCCACAAACAAUCCACCACGACCAAGGUGGAGAGUUUGAAAACAAGCUCUUUUAUCAACUCGACCAACUUUGCGGUAUUACCCACUCCAGAACGACCCCCUACCACUCACAAGGGAAUGGGCAAGUGGAACGUUUUAA